AUGCAGGCUCCAAUGGAGAUGCUAUCUGAUCACCACUGCAAGGACAAGUUCCUUGUGCAAAGUGUUGUUGUGAGGGAUGGGGCGACGAUGAAAGACUUCCUGCCCGAACUGUUCGUUAAAGCACCAGGUAGGGUGAUUGAGGAGUUCAAGCUGCGCGUGGUGUACAUUGCUGCUAGUCCUCCAUCACCGGUUCCAGAGGAAGAAGAGGAAGAGGAUUCAUCCCCUCGGUCAGAGGUCAUAGGCUGUGAAGAGAAAAGAUCACAUGUAUUUAAUGCUGCACCUACUUAUAUACGGGCAUCUGGAGAAGAACCAUCAUGUGCUGAGGUUACCUCUGUAAAAUCAAGGAUGGCUGAAAAGAAGGAAUGUGCAAUUGCAGUAGAAGAAAAACUGAAGCUUCAAUACAAAAUGGAACUGCUCGAAGAAACAAGAUCAUCUCAACAAGAGGAAGGAUUCUCACUGAUGUUUGUAGUGUUAGUCUUCAUGUCAUCUGUGUUCAUUGGACACUUGAUGAAUGACAUCAAGGUUUAG